GCAAGAGCUACAGCUGGUCCACAGGGAGGACGGAGAGGGAGAGGGAGAGUGUGUAACUGGAAGGAGCUUGUCACUAACACAAGCAUUUACCACUUCCCAGGCACCCAAAGAGGAAGAGAAAAGGCUAGCAUCAGACCAACUGAAGCACAGGCAACACAAGGAGCAUAGAAGACUAGCUUGCAACUACCGGACAGAAAGCAGGGGAAAGAUACAGAAUAAAAGCCGCCGGUGACCAGAUACAGUAGAAAAGCUCUACCUUGGCUACUAUGACAGGCAAAAACUGAACCAUAUUUAUCUGACUUAUUUUCUCCAGCUCCUUUUCUUGAGAUGAAUAUGGCAAAAGGCCUUCAAGCCAGAUUCCCAUCUAAAGCCACGCUGUUUCUCUGAAGUUCUCAGAGUCUGAAUUUGGAGACCAUCAGAGUGAAAUGGUUGAGGAGAAACCACUGAAGGUCUCUUCUUGCAGCAAAAGAGAGGUUUUCUUCCCUUGUUGAGCAUCACGUACCUUGAAAAACAUGCCUGAACAAAGCAAUGAUUACAGGGUGGUGGUGUUUGGGGCAGGAGGAGUUGGCAAAAGUUCACUGGUCUUGAGGUUUGUCAAAGGCACUUUCAGAGACAGUUACAUCCCUACAAUUGAAGACACCUACAGGCAGGUGAUCAGCUGCGAUAAGAGCAUAUGCACUUUGCAGAUUACCGACACAACAGGGAGCCAUCAAUUUCCUGCCAUGCAGCGUCUGUCUAUUUCCAAAGGACAUGCUUUCAUUUUGGUCUAUUCUGUCACAAGCCGGCAGUCCCUGGAGGAACUCAAACCUAUUUAUGAACAGAUCUGUCAGAUUAAAGGGGAUAUAGACAGCAUUCCAAUCAUGCUGGUGGGGAACAAGAAUGAUGAGGACCACAACCGAGAAGUGCAGACCAGCGCUGGAGAAGCCAUGGCCAAGAAAUGGAAGUGUGCCUUUAUGGAGACCUCUGCCAAGAUGAACCACAAUGUGAAGGAGUUGUUCCAAGAGCUGCUGAACUUGGAGAAACGGAGGACUGUGAGUUUACAGAUUGACGGCAAGAAAAGCAAGCAACAGAAAAGGAAAGAGAAGCUGAAAGGCAAGUGUGUUGUCAUGUAAAACCAACAGCAUCAUGGAGCAAUCAUCUAGAUUCAUUCUUCUGACUGUAUCAGGUUACAGAUCUGUAGCCAAUGUGAGACUGUUUUAUUAAAACCUAUUUUGAAGGAAAUGUAGUAGAAUUAAAAAGUGGGGUAAAAAUACUACAGUCCUUUCAAAAAGUUGCCCUUUUAUAAGUUAGCCAUUAACACACAAAAAAGUUCCAAAGAGGCAAUGGUACCUAAUUUCAAGAUCAUAGAAAAUAACAAUCCAUAACUCCCACCAGCAUCAUUACCACCAUCUAAGGACUGGGAGUUAAUAAUUUUAAGAUGUAUGCUAAUGCUAUGUGUAGAUUCAUGAAAGAUGUAUUUAUCUAUAAAAUAUACAUCUGAAAGUAUAGCAGUGUUUAGAAUUGAAGUAAAGUAUUCUUCUUGGAUUGCAGGUCUCACACCCUGUUGUGUCUUCUAAUACUAACCUUCUGAUACUGAUACUGAUAAACAUUGUUUGAGCUAUGUGGGGUGUAUCUCACCUUUGUGAUCCAUUUAAGAUACCAGAGGAACUGCUGGCUGCAUUUACAGGCCUCAGUAUAUGCAGUUUCAAACAAGUUUUAUUCUCCUAAACAAAUAAUCAGAACACAUCCCCUUUCCAAGUAACUCAGUUCAGAUGUUGCUGAUUAGCAGUCCAGGAUAGCAUGAAAAUGCAUGGGGAUAGUGAAACACUUUUGUCCAAAGGGUGAAAUUUGCAGGACAAGUUUUUAUAACACUUAAUUUGCUAUAUAUCUCUUAUAUUUAUCUUAUAACACAGAACCAGACUAGUGAUGUUUUAUUACCCAAAGUCUUUAUAAUUUAUAUAUGGAUUUCAGCUGAAUUACUGUCAGGAAUGAUAAGACGAAAUUUUCCAAUCAGGUGGUCUAGGAGAAAGUGGAUGUUUCUUUGUCUUAAGCAGGGGUUCUCAACCUUGGGUUCUCAGAUAUUGCUGGACUAUAAUCAUUUCCCAACAAUAAUGACCAAAGAACACUGGGAAUUAUAGGAGUUGUGGUUCAACUAUAUCAGGGUGGGGACCUAAGGUUGAGAACCCCUGGUCUGAAAUGUUUGCUCAUCUGUUCCAGUUAAUGACUGGGCAACAACAUUUCCUCAAAGGAGCUUCCCAUACUGAUAAAAAAAGAGCCUGGCUGGAUCAGGCCUAAGGCCUAUCUAGUCCAGCACCCUGUUUCCUCCAGUGGCCCACCAGAUGCCUUGGGAAGUCACACAACCAAGAGAUGAAGGCAUGUUCUCUCUCCUGCUGCUGCUCUGCUGCAACUGGUAAUUGGAGGCAGCCUGCCUCUGAAAAAUGGAGGUAGUCUAUAACCAUCAAGAUUAGUAGUCACUGAUCUAUUUGUUCUCCAUGAAUAUGUCUAAGCCCUGUUUAAAGUCAUCCAACCUGGUGGCCUCAGUUAAUCCUAAAUUGUACAAUCUGUUCAAGGAGCGACCCCUGGGGGGGAAAGGACACAGUGUACCAAACCAACCUGUUCAUGUGUGGAUUGUGACCCCAGGAUACAAGCUCGAAUUGCCCAUAUCUCAUUUGCAGACAGGUGUAGGUUCAGGGCAGGCAGCGUAUGGACAGAAUAUGGGUAAUACAGAUAGCCCUGUGGCCAGCGUUCAUUUUUAGGUGGCAAUCACAUUUCUAGGUGGGUCUUGCUUUUUUGUUUUUGUUUUUGUGAGGAAGAUAUAAAAGGCAGAGAACUCCCCGCUCCCCCAUUUUUAAUACAUUGUUCCCCUUCUUAAAACAAGUUGCCAUUAUUUACAUGGAGGCUGUCACCAUCAUAUCACAAAUUAAAAAGCCUUUUUAAAAAAAGUCCUAAUUGAGGUGAAGCAGUGCUCUAGGAGAGACAGUGAACUUGUUGACCCACCCUGGACUCAGGGCUGCACAGGUCUUUGAUACAGUGGAUGAAACUUCUGCGCAGAAGUACGUUUGCACUCCAGGGCAUGAAUCAAAACAGAAACAUAACCAUUAAAUAUUACUUUGUGAUGAAAAUAGAUCCAGUUAUAGGUUUUCAUGGGCAAAGCUUCUGUAAUCUGGUCUCUGGGAGUAUCACCAUGCAGACUUUUAAAUACAGAUCACAGCAUCUACAGGGAAGUCUGUAUGACAACAGGAAGUAAUCAAGAUGGGGGCAGGGUGUCAUUUUUUUAAAAAAUGGUAUGAAUAUUGCAUAGGCUUUACUUUGCACCAGAAUGGGCUAUGUUGAAAUAGAGCAUAUUAACAUUUUGACAAGUGUGUAUUUCAAAAGCUGGGAAAUGCAGUUAAGUGUUUUUAAAAAUAGCAUGCAUGUUACAUUUUAAAUGUCACUGAAUAGCUGUUUAAAUGCAUCAUUCACUUUUGAAUAUCCACUGCUCGUGAAGACUUUAAUGCUGUACAUCCUUUAAUCUCAGCAGCCCUUUACACAAAUAUAGAGCAUUACAGAGAAACAAGGACCAGCAGCAGAAGGCCACAGGGCAUUUCUGUUUAUCUUGUGUUCUUGAAGUGGAAGUGGAACCUUCUUCCAUUUUUUUGGAUUGUGAAGAUAAACAGGACACACAUCAUCUACCAACUUUGCAGACAUUCUAAGGAAUCUAUCUAUAACAUGUCUAUAUUGCCAAAUCAUAAAGUCUCAUGGCAGUUUACAAAAAAAUCUAAUGAAGUUGAACCUGCCAUUAUGAUGUCGCUUCCACCUUCUACGUUCAUUUUACCCAAGCGAACGUCUUGCAUUCACUGGAACAAAGGAGCAGGCAUUCAUCCUACCUGAAUGCAUUCAUUCUAGCCCUUCAUUCAAAAGGGCAAGAGAUACAUUCUAAAAUGUGGUGGAAAUUGAUCUGACACACAAUGUUCCGUACACAUAAAAUCUGUGUACAGUGUGCGCACGUACAGACCUGUACAUAGUACAUGCAGUUAUUUACACAUUAUGUUCAAUGUGCAUACAUCAGUACAUACUGAGAGUGUCUGUACCCAGGUUCACUUUCAUGAACACAGGUACCAUAAUUUAAACAAAAACACAUACUAGCGUACAGACACCUGAUGCACAUACAAUAUAAUGAACGAACAGGACUCAAAACAUUUGUUUUCAGGACAGAGAAUGUGUGUCGAGAUCACUUCCACCACACGUUGAUCUGUCCUCACCCCAAGAAUGCUUCCAUCAUGAAAGUAAGACUAUUUUUAAUUUUAUCUGAUUUCACUGCACUGGGAUUUCUUUCACAAGCAGGUAUUUUAAAACCUUUUCUACACCAAUGUUGAGUAUCUCUCAGAAAAUCCAACUUGCAUUUAGCAGGGAAAUAAUUCAUUAUGUAAUCCCAUAAUUGGUUUGUUCUUUUUGCAAGCCAGUGUUUAAGUGAAGUAUUUCAACUAAUGCAUUUGGAACACCAUUAAGAAAGUAGGAAACCAAAAGAAAGAAAGAAAUUCCAUUUGUAAUAUAGUGUAGCAAUCUGUCAUUAAAAUAACUGGCUAGGCACAGCAUAUGCUUAUGUGCAGUGAAUUGGGAGCUUGAACAGGACCCUCAGGGCCAGCAUGUGAAAGAUGCCAGAAGACAUGUGGCUUUCUUUUCAGCACUUUCCUGAGGCCCCGAGCAUUUCAGUCAGUGCUUCAGCCCUCUACACAUUCUACUGACUUCUCACUGGCCUGUUUGCCAUGGCUGUAGAGGCUAAUUGGACUAACUGCAACGCACCUCUGGGGCCUCUCUUGGAAACAUCCACUUUCUGCAUCCCACAUCAUACUUGUGCACAGAAGCUUCUUCUGAGAACCAGACAGCUGGACAGGAGUGCUGCCUUUACAGUCCUGUAGCUUUCCAUAACUUAGAGGAAUCCCACAGAAUAUCUUUGUCCUAGAAGAGCCAUGUACUUGCAAAUGCAUAGAAUCCCUGAAGAGGAAGCCAGUACAAAUCCUUCUUAACUUCACUGCGGCCUAUAUUAUAUAAUGUGAAGAGAGGUUUGUCUAAUCCUUACAUGCUGUCAAUGAUUGCAGUCCUAAUCCAUUUGUACCAGUGAAAUCUAAGGAAUGAAAUGGAAGAAUCUAACCAGUCUAAUUAAAAACAGUUUCAGAUAAUUUUGCAACUUAGGCUCGGUCAAAUAAGUCACAUUUAGAAGCUAUCUGUUAAAUGUAAGGACAAUAGUCUUUUUGUUCCCCUUUGAUCCCACUCUUGUGAGAAUAAAAUAAGCCAUGAUUCUGUUUCAUGGCCUUGCAUUUAUCAGUGCAGGGCUAGCACAGAAGCAAUAGUUAUUCCUGGACCAGUAAUGCUAAGGAGGAUAUAUUUUAUAUGAUACACUACUGUUGUCCUUCCUUGUAAUUUAUAAUAGAUUUUACAUAUCUGUUUAUCAAAAAUAUUUGUUUUGCUAUAACUGGUACAAGGAUAUUUUGAUAGACAAAGAACACUCUUAGGGGGGAAACUAAGUUAUACAGCUUUAUUAUAUUUUGUGGUUUAUUUCCAAGUGUAAUGCCAAUAGACAUACAAUGUUUGAAAAUGUACACUAAUAAGAUGACAUGUUUAAAACUUUCAAGAAAUUUCAGCAUCAUGAAAAUGUAACAUGGACAAGUAUGCUGUCCACAAAGCAUGAAUUUUAUGUGUGUGUGGAACAUGUUAAGAUAUAUAGUUAUCAUUCAGAUGUAUUUAUUGUUGCAAUUUCAUUAUCUAAUAUUUUAUUCAACAGCAGAUACAUGUAAUUUAUGCUGACACGUUUCUAUGUUUCCUGUGAUAUUCUGUAUAUAAAAUAUACAAAAUAAACAUUUUAAAUUACAAAUG